UGGCGGCAGCUACACGAAGAGAACUCCACAUCUGCACCAAUGUUCGCAGUUCGUUAUAAAAUGAUUGUAUCGGUCGGAAGGGAUGCAAAUAUUGUAAGGGCUUGGGAGCAGGAAACUGGGACUGUCGUUUGGGAGACACAAAUUCAUUCGGCUGUAGUGACGAGACCAAUCUCGGUGAUUGCUUCGUCCGAGAGUGUUGUAUUCGUAUUGGACGAUAGAUCACUGACAGCACUCUCGCUACUGACCGGUCAAAUCAAGUGGACAGUUCAGAUGGAUAAAAAUCGGUUUGUUUUUCGCCAUAUGCAGGAGAUUUAA